AUGGAGUCAACAGUGAUCUCCGCCAUGAAGGGCGAAAAGCUGAAAGACCCUCUGCAAUGGAGGAACUGGUUCGCACGAAUUAAGCUGUAUGCACGCCAGAAAAGGGUGUGGGACCUCAUUGACCCCCAUACCGAAGAAGGUUACCUCGAGGAACCAAUCAGAAGACCUCGAAGACCUCAAUAUCCAGAAGAUGGCAACGAAUCGGCGAAGAGAGAGUGGAGAGACCGCAUGGAUAUCUAUAAACUAGACCUAAGCGAAUGGGAACAACAGAGCAAGAGCCUAGACGCUGUUAACGAGUGGAUCAUCACCAAUUUGGAUCCAAUUCACCAUACUUCCAUGCUGAAUUACCAAACUCCGUACGAAAGGCUUGUAUAUCUCCAUACUCGAUUCGGAAGAGCCACAGCCGCAGAAGAAGACGUGCGUACGCAGUGGAAGCGAGUGUCUGCAUUACCACCAAGGAAAGGUGCAGAUAUCGACCAGUGGAUCAACGAAUGGGAUUCACUAAGAGAGCAGGGUGUCAGCCUAGACCUGCCAGAAAUAAAGAACGCCAAUAAGGAUUUCCUUCGUGCGGUCAAGGAUCUGCUUCCUAUGUGGUGGCAAUCCAAAUUCGAGGCAAUUGUAUUGCAUCAAGAAGAGUGGGAUACUCGCGAUUUGAUUGAAAAUUUUAGAGGAACCUAUCGUGAGAUACAUCCACAGAGAUCGACCGUUAGUACGAUCUCAAAAGCUUCUUUCUCAACACUGCAAGGAUUCGAAGAAGCAAAGCAAGAAGAUCAACAGCAAGCGCAAGCGCUACAACCGCAGCAACCACGAUCCUUACCACCGAUUCCAAAGCGCUGGUGCCCAUGUGGUAACAAGGCCCAUAAACCAUGGGACUGCUGGAUCAUCAACCGAGAGGCUUUCCCAGACAAACCUGUACUGAGAUGGAAGGUCAAACGUGUCGAGGAACGUCUUUCGAAAGAUGAAGCGUCGAAGACCUGGAUAGACAAGAUGGUCAAGGAUCAUAAUGAGAAGAACGGGGUCAACAAUACCAAGACGGCCAAUUCAACGCAGCUCUGGGGCUCGUACUUCACUAGUUUUCCAAUCGAGCAGGUGUACCAAAGCGUGAAAGCUGCAGGAGGAUCUAGUGAUGAUACUCGCAAGCGAUGGUUCCUAGAUACCGCAUCAUCAGUGCAUGUGUGUAACCAAAGGGACCUAUUCACCAAAUUCACUCCGAAGGCAGACAACCUAAGGACCGGAGACUCGUCUACCGCUGUGGAAGGAAUCGGAAGUGCCAUCAUGACUGGGAUAGGACCCGACGGGUCUAUUAGGCCGAUUCAGCUAAGCAACGUCGUGUAUUCGCCCGGAUUCCAUGCCAAUUUGAUGUCUUAUGCAGCGCUGAAAGAGAAGGGUGUUCGAUGGGACGAGGACAACGAGUGUAUUAAGGAUUCUGCUGGAGAACCGAUCGUCAACGUACGUCUCAUCAAACCGCUGAAGAUAUGGGGAUUCGAUCAACCAAACCAAUCUGUACCGGACACUACUGCACAUGCGUAUGCAGUAGGGACCUCGACCUCGAGGACCUCGGUAAAACCACUGGUUGCAGAAGCUUCAGCAGACCGCUGGCACCGACGACUAGCCCACGUAUCCAAACGUGUGGUUAAGAAGGCUACUGAGAUGGUGGAUGGUAUCCAAAUCAACGAAGAUCUGCCAGAUUCGUCACAAGAAGAAGAGGAAAGGGAACUCUGCCAGAUAUGCAACCUUGCAAGCGCACCACGCCAGAUCUCAAGACGACCUAUCGGUCGUAGUUUCGGGAAAUACGGUCGAAUCCACUUCGAUUUGGUGCAGUUUCCGCCUGGGUAUAAUGGCCACCAAUGGAUGACCCAUUUCUAUGUGGAAGGUAUCAGAUUCCACUGGUUGUACACGCAUGAACGGAAAUAUGAGUGCAGAGAAGCUGUUCGGAGGUUUAUAGCCCUUGUCAAGAACUGGUGGAAUCUACCAAUCAAGGCAUUUCACUAUGAUAACGAAUUGUCUGCGGGUGCAGAAGCUGAACGCUUCCUAAGCCACGAAGGGAUCGUCGUCUCACAGAUUAUCCCAUAUCAUUCGGAACAGAACGGGCCUGCAGAGCGUUCAGGAGGUGUCAUCUUGACGAAAUCGAGACAUCUGCAUAUCGAGAGUAAACUGCCGAAGGAACUCUGGCCAGAGAUGGUUAGUACCGCAGCAUGGAUUUUGAACCGAAUCCCUACCUACCUGAAGGACGAGAACCGCUGGAUUGUACCGUGGGAUGAAGCACGACAGGAUUUCGGCAGCGAAAGGAUGAAGAAGGCUAACCUUGCUAAUCUUCGCGUAUAUGGCUCGUUGACCUACUGCCGAAUUCGAAAGAUCCCACGCCUACAGAAGAUCUCUCCCCGCGCAGAGGUUGGAUUCUUGGUUGGAUACGUCGCUUCGAAUAUCUGGAAGGUCUGGUUUCCAUCGAGAGGAAAGGUCGAGGUUGUACGAGAUGCACGCUUCGAUGAAUCGAGAAGAUGGAGACCUGAUAUGCAGUACUGGCAAGAAAUCGCAUUGCCUGCGCCUGAACCGACGAUCUUGACCGACGAAGAGCACCUAGAUGUCCUACGCGAGGACCUCGGGAUACCUGAAGAGCCGUCAACAAACCGAAAUACAGAGGAGGAUCGGCAGCAAGAUCAUGACGAAGCUCAUCAGGAAGACCCUCUAGUGUCUGGGGUUGAAGAAGGGGAUCCUACAGAAGCUACCGCUGAACCUCAGGGGGUGGUUACACUCAUUACCCCGGAACCUGACGAGAGAGACCGCCUACAGGCAGAUCAGGGUCACCAGACUGAGACCUUACCAGGCUCAUUUCCAAUCGAAGAGCCUCCAAUUUUGCCUCCGAGUCCCGCCGGAGAUCAAAGUACCACUGCGUCUCCUACUGCAGCUGGUCAGGGGGUGGACAACCAGCCAAUAUCCCAGGCUACCAACCAGAGAUCUUGUCUUAAUGAAGACCAGCCGCCAGAGCCGGAGAUACCGCUUGAAUCUCUCACGGAAGAGAGUACCCAAGAAGAAGAAGAUUCGCUUUCUGAUAGCGAGCAGCAACUACACACUGAGCUACACACACGAAGAAGCGAUGGAAUCGACACUGCCAAUAUCCUCGAGGGUAGCAGAAGAAGAAGACCGAGGGUAAACCCUGACUACCACGCAUACGCCACUAUCCAACCAGCCGUCGAAAACGAACCACCUGAAUUGCUUCGCACGUUCGCAGCAGCGUUAUACACCGAGAAGCCGAUUCAACGCCACAGAGACGAUCUACCACCACGUGCGCUAUAUGGAUUGCGCAUCUCACCAAAGCUAUGGCAACAAGAAGCAUCUCGAGUACUCGAGAAACUAGGUCUCACACCAAUACCAGAAGACCCCUGUGUCUUCGUUUCACACGGAAUCAUCGUCUUCUUCUAUGUUGACGAUAUCCUCAUUGCCAAUCACCCAUCAGUGCGCGAGAAAGCUAAGCAGCUAGAAAAGGAUCUCGAGGCACACUGGGAACUCACAGACCAUGGGGAAGCUGAAUGGUUCUUAAACAUUCGAAUCAUCCGUGACCGCAGAGAAUAUAAGCUUUGGUUAUGCCAGGAUGCCUAUAUCAGCAGUAUGGCAGCCCGAUACAAUCUAACAGACCGUCCGCCGGUCUACACACCGUUACCAGUGGAAGAAAUGAAGCCAUACGAUGGCACUGCGACACCUGCCGAGAUCAAAUUGUACCAAGGAAAGCGAAAGCAGCUGCAAAGCUAUCGCAAUUUCUUCGAAAUCCAAGUCCACAGCACCAACGAGCGGUUGAUAGAGUGA